AGUUUGCCAGUUAGUAUACCGUUGUACGCCAAACUACUCUGACCGGCUUCUUCAAUAAUAUCAUCCAGCCAAGUUACUUCGAACAAUUUAUUCAAUUUUGUUGUUUUCGAAUAGUUUUUAUUUUGUUCUGCAUUUGAUACGUGUGCUGCAAAAUAUAUAAAAAAAAAAAUGCCAAUCACACUCGAUACACCUGAUAAAUUGGAAUACAAUUUCCAUCCAGUACGAAGUGGAAUCGUCAAUUUCAAAGUUCGUUCGCCGAAAGAUGCCCACAUCGCAUUAACUUCGGGUCCAGCCGAAAGUGAUCCAAUGGUCGAAGUUUUCAUUGGUGGUUGGGAAAACUCAAAAUCGGUUAUUCGUAGAAAUCGCACAAAGCCGGAUGUUGCCGAAACUCCAACCCCAGGAAUUUUGAAUGCAGGAGAAUUCCGUGGAUUCUGGAUUCGUUGGUCGGAUGGGAUCAUAACUGUAGGUAGAGAGGGAGAAGUUGCUGCAUUUUUGAUCUGGGAAAAUCCACAACCAUUCGCAAUCAACUUCUUCGGUGUUUGCACAGGCUGGGGAGCUAGUGGCUCAUGGAUCAUUGAAGACGAUAAUCCCUACGGUGGUCUCUCUGCACAAUUGCAAACUGGUGCCGGAGGAGCAGCUUGCUGGGUACCAAGUACUGGUGGUCAAGUGCCCGUCUCGGCUAUUGCUGGUGGACAAGAUGGUGAAACACAGUAUGUUGCCAGAGCUCGUCACGAGGGUGCCCUUAUUCCUGGAAAGUUAGUGCCAUCUCAUGGUGUAACUUAUGUCGCCUGGGGCGGCGGAGAGCACGGACAUGCAGAAUAUGAAGUCUUGUGCGGAUGCAGUACAAUGUGGGUUCCAGUGCAAGGAGAUGCCAUUCCACCGCAAGCACAGCCGGCUGGUGAAACGGAAGGUGGUGAACCUCUUUUCGUUGGACGGGUCAACCAUGAAGGGUCAAUAACUAUUGGCAAAGUUCAGCCAUCUCACGGAACUUGCUACAUUUCGUAUGGAGGACAAGAAUUGGCCUUCCAAAGCUACGAAGUUUUGUUGAUUACCAGUUAAGUUAUUCGCUCGCACAAAUCUAUAUGAUUCCAUGAUUAUGAUGUAAACUGCUUUUAUAACGAUAUUUACCAGUAAGACAGUUGAGCGCUUUGUUAUUGCUGUAGAUUAUGUCAUUAAAUAUCGUCAAUAAAUCACUAUGCACCAGGCUUUAAA